CGCGGCCGACGAGGACGCCCCGUGCGCCCCCCGCGGGCCGCCGCCUCCCUCGGCGCGCGGGCCGGCAUGGAGCUCUUCCAAGCCAAGGACCACUACAUCCUGCAGCAGGGCGAGCGCGCGCUGUGGUGCAGCCGCCGCGACGGCGGCCUCCAGCUCCGACCCGCUACGGAUCUUCUUCUUGCCUGGAAUCCCAUUUGUUUGGGGUUGGUAGAAGGUGUUAUUGGGAAAAUUCAACUUCAUUCAGACCAUCAACUUCAAACGACAGAGAAAUACGUACCAUCCAAUCCUUGGAGGGCUGGACUAGAACAAAAAGGUGGAGGAAGCGUGAAUUUGCUGUCUCUGUUUGAGCCUGAACAUCCACCAUCUUCUGCCCUGGGACAUCGGCACUCCUGGUUCUCAGGCCUUCUGACUCAGACUGAUCUGCCAUGGUGGCUUAUUCUAAUUCGCCAGAAAGCAUUGGUGGGCAAACUCCCAGGAGACCAUGAGGUCUGUAAAGUUACCAAAAUUGCUGUGCUGUCACUUUCUGAAAUGGAACCUCAGGAUCUUGAGCUAGAGCUCUGUAAGAAGCAUCACUUUGGGAUUAACAAACCAGAGAAGAUUAUACCAUCUCCCGAUGACUCGAAGUUUCUACUGAAGACCUUUACACAUAUUAAAUCCAAUGUGUCUGCUCCUAAUAAAAAGAAAGUUAAGGAAAGUAAAGAAAAAGAAAAGUUGGAGAGAAGAUUACUUGAGGAGUUGCUGAAGAUGUUCAUGGACUCAGAAUCCUUUUACUAUAGCUUGACCUAUGACCUGACCAAUUCGGUGCAGAGACAGAGCGCUGGGGAGAGGGCCGGCCGGCCCCUCUGGCAGAAGGUUGAUGAUCGAUUUUUUUGGAAUAAAUAUAUGAUACAAGAUCUUACUGAGAUUGGUACACCAGAUGUGGACUUUUGGAUUAUCCCCAUUAUCCAAGGUUUUGUGCAGAUUGAAGAACUUGUGGUUAAUUAUAAUGAAACGUCUGAUGAUGAGAAAAGCAGCCCAGAGACCCCCCCUCAGGAGUCCACCUGUGUAGAUGACAUUCACCCACGAUUUCUAGUGGCUCUCAUUUCACGCCGAAGUAGGCACAGAGCAGGAAUGCGUUAUAAACGAAGAGGUGUGGAUAAAAAUGGAAAUGUUGCUAAUUAUGUGGAGACAGAGCAGUUAAUUCACGUUCAUAAUCAUACCCUGUCAUUUGUUCAAACACGAGGCUCUGUGCCUGUCUUUUGGAGCCAAGUUGGGUAUCGCUAUAAUCCAAGACCUCGUCUGGACAGAAGUGAAAAGGAAACUGUUGCCUAUUUCUGUGCCCAUUUCGAAGAACAACUGAAAAUUUACAAAAAACAGGUUAUUGUUAACUUGGUAGACCAGGCAGGAAGAGAGAAAAUUAUUGGUGACGCUUACCUGAAGCAAGUGUUGCUGUUUAACAACUCACACCUCACUUAUGUUUCAUUCGACUUCCACGAGCACUGCCGAGGAAUGAAGUUUGAGAAUGUUCAAACACUGACAGAUGCCAUUUAUGACAUUAUUCUGGACAUGAAGUGGUGUUGGGUUGACGAAGCUGGGGUAAUAUGUAAACAAGAAGGGAUUUUUCGAGUUAAUUGUAUGGACUGCCUGGAUCGCACCAAUGUGGUUCAAGCUGCAAUUUCAAGAGUGGUCAUGGAACAGCAGCUGAAAAAAUUAGGUGUGAUGCCCCCGGAGCAGCCAUUACCUGUGAAAUGUAAUCGGAUCUACCAGAUAAUGUGGGCUAACAAUGGUGACUCCAUUAGCAGACAGUACGCUGGGACGGCUGCUCUGAAGGGUGACUUUACAAGGACAGGAGAAAGGAAGUUAGCAGGAGUUAUGAAAGAUGGAGUUAACUCAGCAAAUAGGUAUUACCUCAAUCGAUUUAAGGAUGCUUAUAGGCAAGCUGUUAUAGAUCUGAUGCAAGGCAUUCCAGUGACAGAAGAUCUUUAUUCCAUAUUUACCAAGGAGAAAGAGCACGAGGCUUUGCAUAGGGAAAGCCAGAGAAGCCACCAGGAACUCAUCAGCCAGCUCUUACAGAGUUACAUGAAGUUACUACUUCCUGAUGAUGAAAAAUUCCACGGGGGCUGGGCCCUCAUUGACUGCGACCCCAGCCUCAUCGAUGCUACUCACAGAGACGUGGAUGUGCUGUUACUGCUUUCUAACUCUGCCUACUACGUGGCCUAUUAUGAUGAUGAAGUUGAUAAAGUAAACCAGUAUCAACGACUAAGUUUAGAAGACCUGGAAAAAAUAGAAAUAGGUCCUGAACCCACUCUUUUUGGGAAGCCAAAGUUCUCCUGCAUGCGAUUGCACUACAGAUACAAAGAAGCAAGUGGUUAUUUCCACACACUGAGAGCUGUAAUACGAAAUCCAGAAGAGGAUGGAAAAGAUACCCUUCAGUGCAUUGCAGAGAUGUUGCAGAUCACCAAGCAAGCCAUGGGAUUGGAUGUACCUAUAAUUGAGAAAAAACUUGAGAGGAAGAGCAGUAAACCUCACGAAGACAUCAUUGGUAUCAGAUCUCAGAACCAAGGCUCUUUGGCCCAGGGAAAAAAUUUUUUAAUGAGCAAAUUUUCAUCUCUAAAUCAAAAAGUGAAGCAAACCAAAUCUAAUGUAAAUAUUGGCAACCUACGAAAGCUAGGAAACUUUACAAAACCUGAAAUGAAAGUUAACUUUCUAAAACCAAACUUAAAAGUAAAUCUUUGGAAAUCAGAUAAUAGUCUUGAAACCAUGGAAAACACAGGAGUGAUGGAUAAUAAGGUCCAGGCAGAGUCUGAUGGGGACAUAUCUUCAGAUAAUGACUCAUACCACUCUGAUGAAUUCCUUACAAAUUCCAAGUCUGAUGAAGACAGACAACUAGCUAAUUCUUUAGAAAGCGUAGGGCCAAUAGAUUAUGUUCUUCCUAGCUGUGGUAUUAUUGCUUCAGCACCUCGAUUAGGCAGUCGAUCCCAGUCUAUUAGCAGCAAUGAUAUUAACAUCCAUGCUCCUUCAGAGAUUACUGUUGCUCAUGGGAGUGGGCUUGGAAAAGGCCAGGAGUCUCCUCUGACGAAAAGUCCUUCUGCUGACAACAUACACAUACUGACUAACUUUGCCAAGCCUGUGGAUAUUUACUGCCACAGAUUUGUGCAAGAUGCACAAAACAAAAUGACCCAGCUGUCAGAGACCAGAUCUGUGUCUCAGCAGGCUGGUGAGGAAGGAAACCAAAUGACCAAUCAAGUUCCUAAUGAAGAAACACAAUCUGAAUCAGCGGAACAGACACCCUCCCGACCAUCUCAAUUAAAUGUGUCUUUUUCUGCAACAGGUCCACAGUUUUUGUCAGUUGAACCAGUACAUUCAGUCUUAUCUCAAAAGACCCCCAGCUCCGGUUCCAGUAUGCUUGAACUUGAGACAGGGCUUCAUGUAACUCCUCCUUCAGAAAGCAGUAGCAGAGCAGUCUCUCCCUUUGCAAAGAUUCGAAGUUCCAUGGUCCAGGUUGCUAAUAUUACCCAAGCUGGAUUAACCCAUGGGAUAAACUUUGCAGUGGCAAAAGUUCAAAAGAGUCCUGCAGAACCUGAUGUGGUUAAUGAAGUCCAGCAAAAUGAACUUAAAAAUAUGUUUAUACAAUGUCAGACACGUAUAAUUCAGAUUUAGUUCUUAGCCACAAAGAAUCCUUCCAUGGCUUUUAUUUAAAAAUUUCAAAAGUUUUCACAUAUUAGGGUAUUUAAACUUGUACCGUCUGAAUUUAGGGGUCACAAAUUUCUGUUUUUUGGGAAGAGUUUUAAAAGAUGUUUGAACCUGAGCAGAUUUCUAAAUUUGAGAGCCAGGACUAUAGAAGUGCAUCACCCUAGAAUGGGUAGACCUGAGUAGCGUAUACACUACAGAGCACUUUGCUCACUUGAAAGAAUUCAGGAACAGGUCACUUUGGGACGUAACCUGAACCUUUGUUGGACAUGGACAUCUGCCUCUAAACCACAUAGUAUGAAAGUUGGAGUAUUUCAGCAAGUAUCAGUUUGUCUCUUGUCUUUAGAGCCUUACUCUGUUGUGAUUCUCAGCUGAACAUUAUGUCUAUUGUAACUUUGAUAAGCAUUCCACUUUUGUUAUUUAUUAGUGGUAUCUUUUUUUGAAGUCUCAAAUCUUGUGACUAUUAAAGUACCAUUGUAAUUUAAAGUGACAGUGUGUGUUAGAAUUCCUUGCAUAACAUUUAUGGUAAAUUUGUCAUAAUUCAACACUUGGUCUGAGCUGUUCCAAAUAUUUCACUCCUUUGAAGUCUUCUCAUGAUCUCAGAAAUGCCAUGGAUCACAAACUAUUUUAAAACCAAAACACUCUAAACUGAAUGCUUUAUUCUGUUGCUACCAACUUUUCUUCUGGGUCUCGAAAAUAGAGUAUUCCCAACAAAGAAAGCAAAAGCCAAGGUAAGUGAUGAAAUAUCCAUGUUUAAGCUCCACCAAAAUUAGUUCCAAAGAGAUUUUUCAAAACUAAAAUUACCAUAAAGCAGUGUUUAGUUCCAAACAGGGUUAUAUACAUGUUUGUUCAGUUUCCUGGUCAUUC